AUGGCCUCCUGGACUCUGCCCUAUCGGGUCGAGGCUGUCGACCGCGACCCGGGCUUCUACUGGCAGGAAAUCGAAGACGGACACAACAAUGAUGGAUCAGCCGACUUCUUUGGCCAGUUUAUCAACUUUGACAGCGAAAUCCCUUCCUCCAUGGCCGACCAUCACGGCCACAAUCCGGGCAUGCCCACCUUGGCCGAUGGACUCAUGCUUGACCACCCUUCCGAGUCUACCGCGUCUGCCUCAUCGGGUGUCUCGACAACUGAAGAUGAGUUUGACUUGUUUUCUUGUAGCUCUCAAGUCGACGCGAUAGUCCCCUCUCAGCCUGGAUCAUCAGCCGCACCUGGCGCAUCGCAUGAUGUUGAUCCUCGUAGUCUCGCACUCGCGGACAGCAGUGGACUGAUGGUGGAGAAACACUCCAUGGUACCUCGAGUCUCCAUGUCGGAUCCAGAACUGCCUCGAGUUGAUGGCAUCUCACUUCAGUCUUCUCCUGGUAGACGGGUACCUGUUUCGCAACCGUCAUCGCCGACACCUCCCAACACCAUGACUAGGAAACCCAACAAAUUCGUCGAAGCACUCUCAUCAACGAUCCGAAAAGCCAGUAAACUCCGAAAGCCCAGAAAGCCCAUCGCCAUGGACCGUCCGGGAUCUCCAACCAUGGAUAACCCUCCUCGUGCGCUGAGACUUCAGCAUCACGAGUACAAUGGGAAUGAUGUGUUUCCCCCGUCGCCAACAACAUGCGGGCCGGAUAGCACCAACUUUGUCCACGGGUUUUGUGACGACCCCUUUGAUGAAAUCCCUCAGCAGCAUCCAAACAACAACAUGCGUUUCUUCAAAACCAAUGGUAUCCACACACCAGCUGAGUCUCCAGGAAUCAAGACUGAGCCUGGCAUGUACCAGCCUGAGAUGGCAGGACAGGCAGUCUGGCCGCAUCAACAACACCCACACCCCCAUCCUCAUCCUCAUCACCCACAGGCACAUGCCCACCCCCAUCCUCACCCUCAUCCCCAUCAACAAGCAGUUGCUGGUCAUCCUCAACAUGCCGUCCCGGUUGUGGGCCCGGCACCCGAAACAUGGCCGGGACAUGAGUAUAUGGCUCAGAACGCUCAUCAAAGUGGAUGGUGGGAUCUGAAUCUCCUCAAUCAGAAUGGCGAGUAUGUCGUCGUUGAUCCCCAACAACAGAAAAACGCCAACCUCAACCUUGCCAUGCAUGCCCAGCACGCCGAGUUGCCUUACGAAUAUCAAGUUCACGAUCCCAACUCGGCAGGUCUGAUGAUUCACAUGCCACAACCACGCAACGAUUCCACGCCUGCUCAUGAACUUGCACUCAACGCUCAAACUUACCUUCCUCCACCUCCGCCCAUCCCGCCAACCACAGAGCGGCACCGCCCGCCACGAGCGCCGUCUUCUGGAGCUCGACACUUGUCGUGCUCUCCAAUCCGCAAGACACGUCAACCGUCGAUUCCGCCAACGCCUACCACGGCGCACUCUCGCCACAGUUCCAACGGGUCCGUUGCAUCGGCCCGCAGCGCCUCAGGUCGAGGCAUGGUUCCUGGCACUCCCACUGCCAUGCGCAAACAACGCCGAUCACGGGAUUCUAGCGGCGGUAGCAUGGGAGAUAUCGGGUUCGUCAACUUCACUCCCAGUGACGGAGGUCUCCUCAUGACAGGUGUUGCGCCAAGCGGCAGUUCCAAGACCAAAGCGCGACGAGAACGUGAGGCGAUGGACCGAAGACGACGAUUGAGCGAAGCAGCCAUGAAAGCAGUGCAAGAAGCAGGAGGCGACGUCGACAAGUUGAUGGAACAGGGUUUCGCCUUUUAA